UCUCUGGCCCUCCCCGCAGGACCCCGCCUGCGGCCCUCACCGUGGGAGCAAACCCCAGCGGCAGCCGCCAGAGCCCAUCACAGCACCGCCCCACGGCAUGCUCCCGGCCAACUCUGGUAUCAUCUUUCCACAGAAAACCAUGCGUCCACUCAUUCAGGCAGCCACCCCUACGACCAUCUGUCUGGGCACCGUCUGACCCGUCUUGACAUCUGAAGAUGUCAGAACCUGAGAUGUGUCCAAUCUGGAGGCUCCUGGUCCUCCUCAGCUUGUUGUCCUUGCCCUCAGUGCUGCACAGGCAGGGCCUGGCCAAGGCCCACGUGGACAGCAAACCGGCUCUGGCGAGAAUUAUCGCCCAGGGCCUCAUGAAGCACAAUGCAGAGGGCCGAAUCCAGAGCAUCCGCAUCAUGGACAGUCUGAAUGCCUCGGGGCAGAUGGCUUCAGGGAUGGUGGGCUGGCUGAUCGGCAGCGUGAGCCUCCAGCAACAGCAAGAAAGCAGUUGUUACAAGUAUUCAUUUGAGCACCUACUAUGCAUGAGGACCUGGGCUGGGUACUUGGAAUAUGGCUAUAAGCAAGACACAUGCGCCAACGUCACCAACAUUCAACUGGACUAUGGUGGGAUUCGGAUGUCUUUCCACAAGGAGUGGUUCUCAGCCAACAUCUCACUUGAAUUUGACAUUGACUUGAGACUGCCCUUCGAUAACAAGAUCGUAAAGACACACACAUGCAUGAACCUCGUUGUGGAGUUCCGGCUGGAGAAAGACGAGUUUGGCCGGAGGGACCUGGUGAUGGGCAGCUGUCGUGUGGAGCCUAGCAGCAUCUACAUGACAGUUCUAACUGAAGAUAUCUCACCAAAGAUAAAACGUUUUCUCCACAACUUCAGGGAGAAUCUGGUAAAAGUUACCCCGCACCUGGUAGAGAGUCAGGUGUGUCCUCUGAUCGGCGAGAUCCUCGGACAGCUGGACGUGAAACUGUUGAAAAGUCUCAUGGAACAGGCUGUUGCUCAUAAAUUCAACCAAUUGUGAGUCCAGCCAACCCUCCACAUGCCAGACUUAGAGCAUCCUCCAGCUGAUACUGAUCAUCGGAAGGAGAUUCCACGUUGUGAGACCUGAUGCCUCCUUCAGAGUGGGGCUUCCACUGCCCCACAAACCUUUACCACAGGCCCUGCGGAGUCCUGUCCUAUCCCUAAUAAACUUUAGCUCUGCAGGGUA